GAGUAGCUGUCAAAUGGAUGCUGUCAGCUGUUAUGGGUAACUACCAUCGUACAGGCAGAAUAAUCGAUUAAUUGAAGAAAUGGCAACAGCCUUAACGACAGCGACCCCAUCAAGGGAUGCAGUAAGAAUUAAAGUGAUCCAGCACAGUCAUUGUGAAGUUGACUCCCAGUGCUGCCGCUUCAGUGUAGAUCCUGAACUGACUGGCUAUGAGGUGUUAAGGAAUUUGAUUGCCAGGGCCUUUGAUCUUAAAGGAGAGUUCCAGACUUGUUAUUUAGCUCGUGAUGAUCGGUUCCCAGAGGCUUGUUGGGUCCCUAUGUCAUCUGAUUUUGAUCUGGAGAUGGCCUUUGUCAAGUCUGCUGAUCCAUACCUCUUAGUGAAGGUAGAGUUGUCAUCAUCUAAUGGUACCUGGGAUGCUGUCACCAAUAUGGAUAUUGCAAAACUUUCUCUCCCUGACCUUCCAAGGAACAACUACUCUGCCAAACUCCCAGGGAUCUUCAAAGAAAAGAUGGAGAAGACUUUAUCAAUUGUUCAGAAAGCCUUAAGUUGGAAUGAAGAAGGUGAUGAAGCAUCUUUUCGACCAAUUAGACCCCCUCUCACUGACUCAGAGUUCCAGCAGAUGCUAAAUCGUGUGGGACAACUCGCUCAUCCAAAGGAACUACGUCUUUGUGUGUACCUCGGAGGUCUUGAACCAUCCCUCAGAAAGGUGAUAUGGAAGCAUUUACUGAAUGUAUACCCUGAAGGCCUGACAGGGAGAGAGAGACUAGACUACAUGAAACAGAAAACUAAGGAAUAUGAAGCACUGAGAGCAGUAUGGCAGGAGCACCUCAAUGAUGAUAACCAGAAUGAAAUAGCAGACCAGACAGCAGAGCAUCACAUCUUGCAGGUCAGUGAGGAAGUUAAGUAUGUGACAAAUAUGGUUCGUAAGGACGUCCUGCGCACUGACCGACAUCACUCUUACUUCAGCGGACCUGACGACAACAGUAAUGUUCAGAGUCUGUAUAAUAUAUUAACCACAUAUGCACUGAAUCACCCAUCAGUUGGGUAUUGUCAGGGCAUGAGUGACUUGGCCUCACCGCUCUUGGUAACAAUGAGGGAUGAGGCGCAGGCAUAUGUGUGCUUCUGUGCUCUCAUGGCUCGAGUUCACUCCAACUUUCACAUUGAUGGUAAUGCCAUGACACUCAAGUUUCAGCAUCUCACUGAAGCUCUCAUAUUUUACGAUAUAGAAUACUUCUCCUAUCUUCAGCUUCACCAGGCUGAUGACCUUCUCUUUUGCUACCGAUGGUUGUUGUUGGAAUUAAAACGUGAAUUUGCCUUUGAUGAUGCCCUGUAUAUGUUAGAAGUUCUCUGGAGCUCCCUACCACCAAACCCUCCUGAGGAGUCCUUGCCACUGUUUGAGGUGCAAUUCAAUCCAGUUCAAGAGGAAGAGACUCCCGUUCCACCACCCACACCUCGACAAAACCAUUAUGAUAACGUGUGUGCCCUGAGACGACAGCGGUCCUGUGUCUCAAACAGAAGUGCUGAGUGUCUUGCAGCCAUCUUGAGUAGACGAGCAGCUAGUGUGGACUGUGAUGGCCCUGAAACUGGUGCAGGCGGGAAGAAACUAAGUCGGACAUGGUCCCAGCCUAUAGACACUUCUCGUGUGAGAACACGGGUGCCGAGUGGUGAAACUGCAAUGAAUGUUGAUAGGAUAAGAGAGGAAAGUACUUCACCAGAAGACAGUCCAACCAGGAAUAUCAGGAAAAUUAGAAAUCUGAGAGAAUUUCAGCUUUUGACUAAAAAUAAAGAUUCAGAUUGUGAGAGUAAUCCAGCUUCACCUUGUAAAGACAAAAAGAUUUCAAAUAGAAAAAAGGAUGAGAAUUUCAAGUCAGUAUCAGUUUUAGGUGAAAACUUGAGCAACAAAUCUCGAAGAUGUUUUUCAGACUCCGAUGCUGAUGUUGGUGUGCCUGUGUACUCAGAUGGUGGGGAGGUAGAUGUUUGGCAGAACCCCGUUGCAACACUGUCACCAGAGACCGAUCAGCAGUUACAAAUUGUUUGUCAAGAGGAACAACCUACUACCAUUCAGCAGCUCACUCCUAAAACUAAUGGUCAACAUCAACAGUCAGAAGUGGAAGGUGAGAACGAGGCUACCAUGACCGCUAGUGUUAAUUCUUGUGAAGAAGUAACUGAAGUCACUGGUUGGCAAGUUACUGUGAGUGCUAGUGGAUCUCCACAGGUUCAUACAAUGCCUCCUCCUGAAGAAUUUGGUGGUGGAAACCCAUUUCUCAUGUUUCUGUGCCUCACCCUUCUCCUACAACAUCGUCAACUUAUAAUGCAAAAUAAAAUGGAUCACAAUGAGCUAGCUAUGCACUUUGACAAGAUGGUUCGACAACACAAUGUAAAUAAGGUACUUGGUCAGGCCAGACGUAUGUUUGAGACCUAUCUUAAAUUGGACUUUUCUAAGGCACGUUCAAAAAACACUCCUCCUAGUUCUACAAGUAAUCAAUCAUGUUAAUAUGUAUAACAAUCUUGAAACUUAUUUUUAAUAUUGAACCACAGCAGUUUAGUACUGUACAGUACUGUACUAAAAAAAUCUGGAUUUUUCAAACCAUCAAAAAUUAUUUUUUGUUAAGAAUUUGAUUUUGAUAAGAAUUAGUUCAGAUGAAGUGGCUUUAUUCAGUAAAUAUUUAAUAAUUCUUAAAGGGCUUAUGAAGAACCCAAAGUUUGUUGAUUCAGAGUUAGUACAUUUGUGUAAUAUUUAAAGUUGUUUAACUGUAGCAUCAUCUGUCUUGUACGUAAGAAAUGGAGUGAGAAAAUAUGAUAUUGUAAGUCCUACCAGUUGCUUCUGUCUGCCUAAUAAGCUGACAAAAGUGAAGUUGAAAUGUUGCCCCAGUUAAAAUAUGUAUGAAUGAUGAAAAGAAUUAAAAGAUCACAGAUGAAUACUAAGCUACCUGUUUCUUCUCUUAGAAGUGUUAGGACAGCAAGGAGCAGAUACACUUCAACAGUCACAGUUUGUCUUUGAACUCUUCUCACAUUUGCUAGGACCAAAUUAUUCCCUUCGUUCACUAAACACACACCUGCAUGUGCAUGCAGACAAACACACAUCUCACUCACACACACACACAUAUACAGAGGUACAUUCACUCUUUCUUUUCGUUAAAUAUUUUAUCACUAAAAGAAGCAAGGCUGUUACAUACUAUGCUGUGGCGUAGGGGUUAUAAAUGUGUGCCACACUGAAAUAACUUACGCCAAUUGAAUUAUUCAAUUGGGUAAAAAUAAAAGAGUACUGUACAGUACAUUAAUUCCUUAACAUUUGCAGGAACUGGGUUUGGUUAAGUUUGAAUCUUGUAAUAUUCCUACAUAGAAAUCAGGUAUAUAUAUUAUGUCUAACUCAGCCUGAGAAUUUUCCUAAGCUUCCACACUCCAUGACUGAGAGGCUCAGUUGUACCCAUCCUCACCUCCCACACAUCAGCCUGGCACCAUUUUAUGUGACAUGCCCAACCUGCUAUGAUACAAUAACUAAUAAAAUAACAAGAUUUUAUAUUAUACUGUUAUACUACUAAUGUGAACAUAAACACAUUGAAGUCAUAGCAAAUCCACACAUGGGAGGUCUUUGGGUUUUAGUGGGGUGCCAUGACAGUGUCUACUGCAGCUGCUGCUACAGUGGUUAUCAUUAUAUAAAAUAUCAACUGCUACACUAAAGGAUAUAAGUACUGUACAGCCAUAAAAUGCAGUUCAUAAAUACAGGAAUGUGCAGAAUAUAUUGCCUUUCCAAGCAAGGCAAAUUCCUCAAUUUGCUUCCUGAUAGUUGCUGCCUCUGCUUAUUCUAGGGUUUAGGGAGGAACAGCCAUGAAGCAUUAAUUAUUUGCUUACCACAUUACUUGAGGAAGAGCUGUAAUUCAUUCCUUGCAUUACAUUAAAACAUGUUAUACUGUGGGAUUAUUGUGAGUGAUUUCAUAAAUACUCUUGUUAUUAUUUUAUGCUUAUAAUUAGAAUGUUGUGUGAUUGAAGUUUAGGUGUACAAGUAUUUAUGAAGAAUUUGACCUUUUUCUUAAUUUUGUAAUUUAUUAAGGGAGUUCAGAAAUGCAGUGUUAUCAUAGUUAAGGUAUCUGGUAUCUAGUGUCAGGGUUUCUUAUGAUUUGUAAAGAGUAAAACUGGUUAUACUGUACUAGGACUCUCUACACUACUCCAUACUUUUUUUUUUACUUGACUUUGCGGUCUCUUAAGUUACACAGUGUGCUACCAAAAGUAACUUCACAUGAGGAAACACUGAAUAUGUACUGGUACUGUAUUGUUUUAAUUAAAGACUUUAUAACUUGAUACAAGUUCACACAGGUCUACAGGAUGAAACACAGGUCCCAUAAGGUAAAACACUCCUGGGGGAUAUUAGUGACAUAGUACCAUUUUAUGUAAUUGUUCCUAUUAAGUCGUAAACUGGUUGGUGAUUCACUCUGACAACGUAAACUGUCUGUGAGACUUAGUGAUUUCUUCCACUGACUGAUCAUUAUAUGUUGAGUAAAUUAUGGUAAACAUGUUUAUAGGAUUAUUGACACAUUUUUUUCAGGUCAACUGGUAAGGUUCACUUUGAGUGCAGCUAGGCUAUGUUUGGUUGGUACACACCUCCAGUUUGGCCUCAGGUAUUUGGAGAACUCUAUGUCCAGUUUUGGCUAACAAUUACCUUGAUGUUUAUCUUAUGUGAGAAUCCUGGUCUCAGGGUUUCCAUAUCUGAGCUCUUCUAGCAGGAGUCCAGGAAGACUCUCUUUCCCUGUUUUAUCCCUUAGACCCCGGGCAUUGUAAGACCUGCUGAAUCCCCCAUCUGGGCACAUAAAAAAAAAAAAUAAAAAAAUCCAUUGUCACCUUAUAAAUGGGUCAAUCAGUAUAAGAAAAAUACCAGAAUAAUGUACUUACAUUCAACUUUCACUGUAGCAUAGUUGGAGAGUUGUCUGGAGUGUUGAUGUGGAGUGAUGAAAGAUGUCAUGUUUGAAGUUACUGUACACAGCUUAAAGUGAACAGGAAGUGAUGUUGCCACACACUUACAACACACAAUUCUUACUUGAAGGCCCUUUUAUGUCAUAUGUCUACCUUAUAGUUAUUACAAAACACAAAAUAUUUAAAUUUUUCUCAAAAGAACUAUAAAAUACUGGUAAGAAUAUUCAGGCAGCAUAAAACUUAUCACUGUAUUUUAUUAUCAUUAUACAGUGGUCCCUAAGUUAACGAACACAAUUCGUUCCAGAAGGUCGUUCAUUAACCAAAAAUUUCGUUAACCGAAACCAUUGUUUCAAUGGGAUUUUGGGUAUU